UGGAGGCAUGAAUGACAUGUGUUGGCCCCUCCUCUCCUGCUGCUGUGGUGCGCUGCAGAGUUGAAGCGCAACAGCCCGGAGAGCGCAGCAGCAGCGACUUCACCGCUGCAACUUUGAUGACAGGGUUUUUUGGAGCCGUCGAUGAGCGCGUUUGAAGUGCCUUGCUGGUGAAGACAAGGGAGUCGAGUGUCGACCUGCGGUUCCCCCUCUACCAGUCGGAUCAAAAUGAAUCUCCUGAUUUGUGUGAUAGGAGUUGCCUUGGCAGUGGGAUCUACGCACGGAGGUACCAAGUUUGACGAGCCGUGUGCAGGCCUGGACUGUAGCGGAGGAUGCAAGUGCAACCCAGAGAAAGGCAGCAGGGGUCGUCCUGGGCCUCUCGGGGAACUUGGUCAGAGUGGAUCAGAAGGGCCACGUGGGCCUGUGGGGCCUGUGGGGCCUAAAGGAGAGAAGGGCCACAUUGGACUGAAAGGACCAUCUGGUGUAAAAGGAGACAAAGGGCCUAUGGGAGUUCCAGGGUUCCAAGGAAAUGAUGGAGUCCCUGGUCACCCUGGUCUUGAGGGUGGCAGAGGACCACCAGGACUGGACGGCUGUAACGGGACCAGAGGAGAUCCUGGACCGCCUGGCUACGGACCACUCACUCCAGGGGAACCUGGAGCUUCUGGAUUUUCUGGGCCUACUGGGCCAAAGGGUCAGAAAGGAGAACCUCGAUUCAUCUCGGAUGACGGCUUCCCGAGUUUACCAGGUUUCCCAGGACAGAACGGUCAACCUGGUAUCAGAGGUCCUGAUGGUCCACCUGGGUUUACUGGUCCAAGCGGCCCUGACGGAUACCCUGGCCCGCCUGGUCCUCCCGGUCCCCCAGGGCCAAUGGGGAGCCGUAGUGACGGAUAUCAAGGAGAGAGAGGAGACAAGGGCGACGUGGGUCUUCCCGGGCCCAGUGGUACUCCCGGCGACGGGUCACUAAGCAGCGAAAAAACUCUCACUAUCUACAAAGGAGAUAAGGGUGAACCUGGCCCAAAGGGAAUUAAAGGAUUUCCUGGCAGCACUGGCCGACCUGGACCUUUUGGCUAUCGCGGUGAACCUGGAGAGAAAGGCAUUCCUGGAUACCCCGGCGGAAGAGGUGCUCCUGGUUUUAAUGGGCCUCCUGGUUCUCCAGGACAACAGGGAUAUACAGGCAACCCAGGUUUCCCUGGGCAACCAGGAUACAUUGGACCCAAGGGAGACCAGGGAGAACCCGGACCACCAGGACCUCCAUCUUACGUUAGUAAUUAUGGCACUGCUGUUCAAGGAUCACCGGGUGACCCAGGUCUUGGUGGAUUUCCUGGUGCGCGUGGUGACCAGGGACCUCCAGGAUUCCCAGGACCACCAGGCCCACCAGGAAUUGCUUAUGGUUCAGGCCGUGGCGGAUCCCCAGGUUUUCCUGGAACACCAGGCCCGAAGGGAGAGAAAGGUAACGCAGGCAUACCAGGCUAUGGCUCCGAAGGACUCCCCGGCUCACCUGGGCUCCCCGGCCCCCCCGGCCCUUCUGGACCUCAGGGCCCCUCUAGCCUUGCCGUUGGUCCCUGUGUCAUCGUUCCUGAGUUGGUGGGUCCCAAAGGUUCUCCCUCAGGUAUCCCCGCUAGUUUCCCUGGACAGCCCGGGUUGCCUGGCGCCAGAGGAGAACCGGGUGGCCCAGGAUACAAAGGCUUUAGAGGUGAUCCUGGUGACUGUGCCUGCGCAGGAGGAGGCACCUCAGGGUUGCCUGGGUUACCUGGCACCCCAGGAAGCAACGGCAACCCUGGCUUUCCUGGAAGAAAGGGUGAGCCUGGUGACUCCGGUACACCAGGUUUUGGUGGCGUUCAGGGAUCUCCUGGUCGUGCUGGUGACAGGGGUUACUUUGGUCGUAAGGGAGAGAAGGGGGACUCUUACUAUUCCACUACGGGUUUGGGGGUAAAGGGAGAGCUCGGCACUACUGGUCCCAGAGGACCUACAGGUGAAACUGGGAAACCUGGCAGAGACGGACUGCCUGGCUUCCCCGGAGGACCUGGACCCCCAGGUGACGCUGGCUUUGGCACAUAUGGAGAGAAAGGUUUCCCAGGGUUCCCAGGGAGUAAGGGUCGUCCCGGCGCCCCUGGAGAGCCUGGUGUUGGCUACGUCGGAACGCCCGGUUUCCGCGGAGAUGCCGGAGACCCUGGUAUACCUGGGUUACCAGGCCCACCAGGUUUACCCGGACCAAAAGGCCAAGUGCUACCUUGCUCCAUACCUGGCGAGGCUGGAGACCCCGGUUACCCUGGUGUUGCUGGAGGACCAGGUCCUAAAGGUCAGCCAGGUUUCCCAGGAGGUCCUGGGCGUCCAGGGUUUGACGGUGCCAAAGGAGAGAGAGGAGACCCCGGUUUUGGAGGCCAGCCUGGCCCACAAGGUUUCCCUGGACCCAGAGGGGACCCUGGAGUUCCAGGUUCUCCAGGACAGAGUUUUGACGGAGCCAAGGGGAAUAAUGGUGUUCCAGGGCGUCCUGGAGCCAAGGGCGAGCCUGGAGAGGUACUGGGUGCCACACCUGGAAGUCCAGGACGGGAUGGUUUACCAGGAAGCCCUGGGGACAAGGGUCAGCCUGGGACACCAGGAGGCCCUGGAUCACCUGGUGGUGACGGUCGUUACGGGGUUCCUGGACUGAAGGGAGAGCGCGGAGUCGACGGCAAUAAUGGUAUUCCCGGCGCUCCUGGACCUCCCGGCGAGCCGACUGGUGGCAUCCCUGGUCGUCCUGGAAAUCCUGGCAACCGGGGGCUGAGCGGAUCACCAGGCUGCCAAGGUUUCCCUGGUCGCAAGGGAGAACGAGGAGACCCAGGUUUCCCAGGCCCUGCUGGAAUGAAGGGAACCCCAGGACUGCCCGGCACCUCUGGAACACCCGGGCCAAGAGGACCCCCUGGACCUCCAGGACCAGGAACAAGAGACGGAAUCCCAGGAGUACCAGGAAGAAAGGGUGAGAGGGGUUUCCCAGGACUUAUAGGUUUCCCUGGACUGCCAGGACGCCCAGGAACCCCAGGGUUUCCUGGAGGGAAAGGACUGGCUGGAGAUCCUGGAAGAGACGGACGCCCUAGCGGUCCUGGAUACCCUGGACAGAAAGGUGACAGAGGUUACCCCGGUCUCCCCGGCCCGCCCGCUCCCCCUAUUCGAUCAGAGUUGGUAGAGAAAGGAGAACCCGGAACCCCCGGAAGCAGCGGCCUUCCUGGAUUCCCCGGACCAAGAGGUGACAAGGGUGUGGCAGGUCUGCCCGGUCGUCAGGGUCUGCCUGGACUUCCUGGUUAUGCUGAGCAGAGUAAAGGACAGCCGGGACAGCCUGGGUUUCCAGGGAGACCGGGAUCUCCAGGCUUCCCUGGACCGAAGGGAGAAGCUGGAAUCGUGGGUUUCCCCGGCACUUCUGGACCAAGGGGUGACGAUGGCGCACCUGGUUUCCCUGGCAACCCUGGAGAAUUUGGUCGGCCUGGUGGCAAAGGUCAACCCGGAGAUACAUUUGGUUAUCCUGGAGCUCCAGGAGCUAAAGGCCAGCCAGGAGAUCCAGGCUUCCCAGGUGGCCGUGGAAAUGACGGUGCCCCCGGUGACAACGGCUUCCCAGGAGGUCCAGGUUUCUCUGGAGCGAAGGGAGCUCCUGGUGAAGGAGGACGGCCUGGAAUAAUGGGCUCCCCUGGUUUCCCCGGGCCGAAGGGCCAGUCUGGCUACCCAGGAAGAAGAGGAUCAGAUGGUUCUCCUGGUCUGCCUGCAAGUCCUGGAAGUCCUGGAGCCAAAGGUUUGUCCGGUUCCCCUGGUUUGGAUGGACUUAAUGGCCUCCCUGGACCUAAAGGUCUCCCCGGAACCCCAGGUGUGAGUGCAGGAGGUCGUCCAGGUGCCCCUGGUAUUCCAGGGUUGAAGGGAGAGAGAGGAGACUCCUACCCAGGAAGUCCAGGUUACCCCGGGCCAAAGGGAGAGAGAGGACUCUCAGGUGCUCCUGGACUCACAGGGUUCCCUGGGCGGCCCGGACCUCCUGGUGAGACUAUGGGAUCAGAUAUUCCCGGACCUACUGGAGACCCUGGCCUCCCUGGACUGGAUGGAGAGUAUGGUUUCCAAGGUCCUCCAGGUCCUCCCGGGCCACCUGGUCCAGGCACAGACCAGGGAGACAGAGGUGACCCAGGGCUCCCGGGCUUCCCUGGCUCCCCAGGCGGAAAAGGAGAACCAGGACGCCCCGGAGGAUCUGGACUCCCCGGCAGCCCCGGUUUCAAAGGAGAACGAGGUGAUACUGGCUACAGUGGAGGUCCUGGUCUCAAGGGUUUCACCGGUGAGCCUGGCUACUAUGGAAACAAAGGACCAAAGGGAAGAGAAGGGCCUCCUGGUGCUAAAGGUCGUCCUGGAAUCACAAUGAGUUCACCACCGCAAGACUUCACACGUCAAUUUGGAGAUCCAGGUUUUCCCGGUGAAAACGGAGGCUCCGGUGUCCCUGGUGAACCCGGUCAGUUUGGACUGCCCGGACGUCCAGGUCCUAAGGGUCGUCCCGGUCCUGUGGGCAAACUUGGCAGGACCGGAUCAUCUGGUCUCCCCGGAACUACCGGUGACCCCGGACCCCCUGGUUUCCCUGGACCCACUGGAGAACAAGGUCUCCCUGGCUCAGCCGGUCGUCCCGGCGCUCCCGGCAGCGUCGGCCGCAGUUACAGCAUCGGCUACACUCUGGUGAAGCACAGCCAGGACUCCCAGGUUCCCAUGUGUCCUCAGGGCAUGGCCAAGCUGUGGGACGGAUACAGUCUGCUGUACGUGGAGGGACAGGAGAAGGCACACAACCAGGACCUCGGUCAACCAGGGUCGUGUCUCCCUAGGUUCAGCACCAUCCCCUUCCUCUACUGCUCCCCCAAUGAGAUCUGCUACUACGCCAGCCGCAACGACAAAUCCUACUGGCUCUCCACAACUGCGUCCAUACCCAUGAUGCCCGUGGCCGACCAGCAGAUACAGCCUUACAUCAGCAGGUGUUCUGUAUGUGAGGCUCCUUCUCAGGCCGUGGCGGUCCACAGUCAGGAUUUGUCCAUCCCCACCUGUCCCCCCGGCUGGAGGAGUCUCUGGAUAGGAUACUCCUUCCUCAUGCACACAGCAGCCGGCGCCGAGGGUGGCGGUCAGUCCCUGGUGUCUCCCGGCUCCUGCCUGGAGAAUUUCCGCGCGACGCCGUUCAUCGAGUGCAACGGGGCCAAGGGCACCUGUCACUAUUUCGCCAACAAGUACAGCUUCUGGCUGACAACCGUGGAUCCCAAUCAGCAGUUUGUCUACUCGCCAGGACAGGAGACCCUGAAGGGAGGCCAGGAGCGCUCCAGAGUCAGCCGCUGCCAAGUCUGCAGCAAGCUCUUGUAGUAGGAGGAGGUGAAUGGAGGGAGGUGAUAUAUUAACACCUCAAAGGAAAAUAAAAAAAGGAGGUGUUGAGGAUGGAGGAUGAUUUACAAAGAAAUCUAUAAAAACAAGAACAUGUGACUGACUGAAAAUGAGCCCCUCUUCUGCUUCUCUGGUGGUUUCAGAAUCGAGUCGAACAACAUCACCUGCCCCGUUUUUAGAGUUUUUGAUCCGCUUUAGGAAUGAAUGGCUUGUUUAAAAAAGAAAAGAGUUGAAGGGAGAAAAUGGAAAGAGAAGGGCUCCAGUGGGAUUGCUCUUCUCUAGAUUAUCACUGACAAUGGUGCUAUUGUUUAUGUUCUUUGUGUUUAUUUUGUGUCUGUUUUCUCGUUACGGUUUUGGCGAGAUCCAUUCUCGGCUACCUCGGAGAGUGCCACCCCCUUUGGAUAGCACUGCACCGCUUACACACACACACCAGGGUCUGCUUCAGAUGAGUCAGUUCAGACAGUAAAGUCAAACACUGCUUUUUAAGAAUAGAAAAACUUGGCUGAAUCUAAGGUGUUAGCAUUAUUUUCUGGACUGAUCAAACUGAAGUAGAUGAUUUUGACAUCGUUAGACACUUUUAGUGAAACAGCCACAACCACUUUCACUGCGGUUAUGUUACAAAUUAUUUUAAAGAUGUCACCCUCUGAAAACAUACAGGUGGUUUUGCAUUUUUAGUUAUCAUUUCAUUACUAUGCUCAGAUUUGAGACCUACUUGAGGCGAAGUGAAGCAUCAUAGUGAACAAUUAGUGCGUUAUUUUGUCUUUUGAAAGAUGCCUUAUUGUUGUUCUUUAUGUCCGUCUUCGUGCAUGUAAGGAGAAGUGUCCAAAAGUAUCCGAGAUGUGAAAAUCACCUGCUGAAGUGCAACUUUUUCAAGCCAAUUUACAGUAUUUACUCCAUUUUGUGUGCACAAAACGCAAUUAAGAGAAAUGAUCAAUAAUAAAAUGUGCUGUUUUUUAAAGAGAAAAGCUGCAAAAUGUGUAAACACUGAGGGAGGAAAGAGAAAGAAAGAAAAGCAAGCAGCAAAACACACUACCUGCUCAGUCAGUACUUUAUAUUUUAAAAGACCAACAGCAAUUUUUCUAUAUAAUGUCAAUGUUUGCUCAUUAUUCUACUUCAGGAUUUCAUUUCAACGUAGAAAAUAACAUUUUCAGGUGUCGACUGUCAUAUUACAGAUAUUGCAGCUUCAAAGUAAGAGUUCACGGAGCAGUUGCUGCUUUUAAUGAAAACAUACACAACAAAAAAGGCAACUAAAAGUUUGUUUUAAUGGAUUUUUAUUGAUUAAAGCAGGUUACUCUUACAAGUUGAUCUUCAUAGAUUAUCUUAAACCAAUGAUGGCCUUGAAUUUAGGACAUUUAUCUAAAGCAUGUAAAGUAUGAUGAGCAAGGAAGUUCAUUCUUGACCCAGGAAAUAGUAGUUUGACAAAAUAAGAGCUUUUAUUAUGGUUUUAUGGGUAAAGUCCAUCUGCUAAAGUUAAUAAUAUUUUGUCAAACUUAAAGAAACAAAGAAGAAAAAACAUGCAAAAUUACCAUCGCAGUGCAUUAACUUUACUAUGCUUUUGUCAUGUUACACAUACCUGUUAUUUCUGUAUUUAUCACGUUCAUAUAUAACUCUAUGGUGCUACAAUACCCAAGUUGAACUGAAAGGCAACUUUUAAAAUAAGUUCUUAUUAAACUGCAUGCAUUAAAACGGCUCACCAGCACUUUUCCUCUUAAAAACAGAACCUCCGCAACAGCUGACUGUCGUAAUGAAUGACUUGAAUGAGGCCACCCAUUCAUAUAUAUAUUGCACUGAUGUGAACUCAUAUACAAUAAACAAGUCAAAUCAGCAGGCAUAUAUUUACUCUACAUCUCCAUCUUUACAGGCUUUUAUCUUUAUGUUGUGACCAAAGUAGUGUUUUUUUAUUAAAAUCCCAUUAAACCUUUCAUUCACACUACAUUUUAAAACAGGAAACCAAACACACACUCUCUGAUAGAUUGUUAAUUAUUGCUGUACAUAGUGCUUCCUGUAUUUCCCAGCAAAGUAUGUUAGAGCUAAAGUCUAUAAAGCUGUUCGCUCUUCAUUUUAUUUUCUUCUUUUUUUUCCAGUCUAUGUGUCGUUUCUCUGUCCUUGGAUAUGAAAGAGGGGGAAGUUUUCUGCCUGUGAAUGUAGAUUUUGCAGCCAUAUUUAUGAAUACUGAGUUGCAGUAGCCAAAAAAAGACAUCUAAGAUCAGACUUUAUGUUUUUUUACAUUGACUUUGGUUUGCAGUGUAAAUGAAAAGUGUGGAUUAAGUGAAACAUUCUCCUCUUUGACGUUAUCUUUGGACAGUGAAAGCUACUGGGUGACUUGUAACCACUAUGACCACUGUGUCGAGCACAUAGCUCUGUCUCUCUGCUGGUAGCCAUGAUUUUAUUACUUUGUCACAUUUUACUUUAUUUUUUUAUUUUAUUUUAUUUUCUCUCCUUUUUUUUGUCAGCCUUUUGUUGUUUUGUAAUCUAGAUUGUAAUUAUUUUACGUAAGUCAUGAUACUAUCCCCUGGUUUUAUUUACUGAGAUGGGAGGGAAUGGGAAGAUAAUGAUGUGUACAUUAAAUAUUAUGGAAAAGCCUUUAGGAUUAUGUUUUUAUAUGGAAAAUAUAUUCACCACUGAUGAUUUAACAGGCGUAACAACUGUUUUUAUUGUCUGUUUGGUCUUUACCCACGUUCCAAACCAAGAAUGAACUGUAAGUGCCUGGAGUGACGGAAAAGAAAUGCAGUUUUCCUCAAAGAGGAUCCAUAACAAGAAUUGGAAAUAACAUGUCUGUUACUGUAAUGUGUAUUUCUGUGCUCACACACUUUGAAAUAAAGUCUCUAAACUAAC